CCUUCUCCCUUAAAGCUCUGCAUACUGAACCAUAAGAAGAAAUAUCGUUGAAUGUGAGUAUGCAUCAUCAUCAUCAGUGUUUUAUGCGAUGUUUUAUUAAGGCUUUAAGCGCGUUGGGUUGUCAUUAUAAAUGAACACACCCAACUGUCCGAUAAUUUAAACCGCAUGCAAAUAUUGAACUUCGCCCGCCCUCCGUUAAAAUGCUACGAAAACUUUUGCUGCUCUUCAUACAUUGUAUCAUUCUCAUGACGCGGAGAUCAAAGGCAGCGUCAGUACCCAGCGCGAGCAAAACUUUGAUCUGGGGUCCUGGACUGGAGACAAACAUUGUUGUCCCUGCUCGAUUCUUCUUCAUUCAGACUGUGGACACCACCGGAAGAAAUUUCACAACUUCUCCUGGGGAGAAGACAUUUGAAGUUCAGAUUACAUCUCCAACGGACCCGUAUGCCAGAGUCUGGGUUCAGAUUUUAGACCGGCAUGAUGGUUCCUUUCUGGUUCGGUAUCGCAUGUACGCCAGUUACACAGAUCUGCACAUCCGGAUUCUGUUAAAAGACAAGGCUGUGGGGAGGUCACCAUAUGUGCUCAGAGGUGCAGUGUAUCACGAAUCAUGUGACUGCCCAGAGCCCAGUGGUGCAUUAUGGGAGAAGAACAUGCACUGCCCCGAAACUUUCUCUCAGAUAGAGAGCGAUUUAUCAGUCUUCUCCAGUGUAGAUCCAGACCACAAUGCACAAGAGAUCCCUCUGCGAUUUGAGAAAAGACACAGCCUGUGUCAUUAUACCAUCAAAAACAACCAGGUUUAUAUAAAAACAUACGGAGAACAUGUUGGAUUCAGGAUCUUCAUGGAUGCCUUCCUUCUUUCACUCGCACGUAAAGUCAGGCUUCCAGACAUUGAGUUCUUCGUGAAUUUGGGGGACUGGCCCCUGGAGAAGAGGCGCGCCUCAGAGAAGCCCAGCCCAAUUUUUUCAUGGUGUGGAUCCAAUGACACUCAAGACAUCGUCAUGCCGACCUAUGACCUCACUGAAUCUGUGUUGGAGACCAUGGGCAGAGUGAGUCUGGACAUGAUGUCUGUUCAGGGACACACAGGUCCAGCAUGGGAGCAGAAGAUAAGUCAAGCGUUUUGGAGGGGCCGGGACAGCAGGAAAGAGCGUCUGGAGCUGGUUAAACUGGCUCGGGCGAACCCUGCAAUGCUCGAUGCUGCCUUCACCAACUUCUUCUUUUUCAAACAUGAUGAGAGUCUUUACGGGCCCAUUGUCAAGCAUGUGUCUUUCUUCGACUUCUUUAAGUAUAAGUACCAGAUCAAUGUGGACGGAACAGUAGCGGCAUACAGACUGCCUUAUCUGCUGGCAGGAAACAGCGUGGUGUUUAAACACGACUCCAUCUAUUAUGAGCAUUUUUAUAAACAGCUCCAGCCGUGGGAACACUACAUCCCCUUCAGGGCUGACCUCAGUGAUCUACUGGAGAAGAUCCAGUGGGCUAGAGACCACGAUGAGGAGGCUAAGAAAAUUGCCCUGGCAGGUCAGCAGUUUGCUCGAACCCAUCUGAUGGGUGACAGUAUAUUCUGUUACUACUUCAAACUCUUCCAGAAAUACGCUAAACUUCAAGUCACUGAGCCUAAAGUUCGAGAUGGCAUGGAGCUGGUGGAGCAGCCAAACGAUGAUCUGUUCCCAUGCUACUGUGCAAGAAAAAAGGUCAAAGAUGAGCUGUGAGUGACCUACUUCAGUAUAAAUAUCAGGAUGGAUUCACAUCAGAGAAUGUUCUUAAGGGCACAUACUUUUUACAUCAACCAUCUUAAAUAUGCAGUUUCUUUUGUGUAUAAUGUUUUUUUCCUCUUUUUGUAUUAAAUAUUUGUUUCUACACUU